CCAGGUGCGUGCAUCAACUAGACGGCUGUUGUUAGUCAUCGCUGUGGCUCCGUACAACGUUACAAAACUGUAAAUCAACAGGUACACUCAUAGAGGUUUAGUUAAUUCGCUUCAAUCGGUUCACCUGUCCCUUGAGGAAGGAGGAAGACGAACACUGCGGCUCAUGGCUUUGAUUUUAGUCGCCUGCAUUGUGGCAUUCUCCGGGAACACUUUACUGGCAGACGCUCAGACGUGUGUGGAUGGGAGCGUGUUUAAGGAGCAGGUGCUCUAUGUGGGGCAGCAGGAGCCCCCAUACCGGCUGACCUGCCCUCUGGAGCCCCAGAGCCCCCCCCUGACCUGGCAGAAAGACUGCAAGCCGCUGCCCUCCAUGGAAGGGAAGGCCUACCUGGAGUUUGCCAACUUCAGCUCGGCAGACCAGGGGAAUUACACCUGUAUGCAGCAGGGCAACAGCUCAUCCUCAUUCACUACGCGCCUCAUAGUUAAGGAGUCACGGUGCUCCAAAGACCCAGGAUUUAAGCGAAAUGAAGACAGACUCCUUGGAAAUAUAGGAUCCACUGUGACACUGAACUGCACGGCUCUUCUCUUCUGGGAUCCCACAGAGGAGCACUGUGACACCACGCUGCAGUGGAGUAAAGAUCACUUUCCCCUCCCCAAUCACAUACAUUACACGCUGAAUGCCUCCUCAUGGUAUCCUGCAGCCGGCCAGCUGAUGGUAACCAAUCUGCUGGAGAUCAAGCUGAAGGAGCAGGAUGAUUUUGGGCUGUACAUCUGCACAGUGAGGAACUAUUCCUCUCUAUUCAGAGUUUCGGGAGAGUGGAUUGCAUGCGGUCGACCCCACGGCCCCAACCACAUAUUUUCUGUUUUGGCAGCCAUCGUCCUCCUCCUGCUCCUGGCUGUCGCUGCUGUUGUGUACUCCAGGUGUCACCUGAACAUCAAACUCUGGUACAAGAAUUCCUACGGAGACUAUGAACUCAGUGAUGGCAAAUUAUUUGAUGCCUACAUCUCCUAUGUGAACAAUGACCACGACAGGAAGUUUGUCAACUUCAUUCUUAAACCUCACCUGGAGAAAAGAAAUGUGUACAAAGUGCACCUCAAUGACAACGCUAUCCUACCUGCUUCAGAACCGUCUGCAGAGCUGCUGAUGAACUUGAGUCGCUCUCGGCGUCUGAUCGUGUUGCUCUCUCAUGCUUACCUCGAGCAGGACUGGUGCUGCAAUAACUUCAGACAGGGUCUUCUGCACCUGUUGGAGUUGUGUCCGCAGCCCAUCCUCAUCCUGUUGGAGGGUCAGUCCAAACGCAUGAGGCCUGAGAUCAAGCAGCUGCUCAAUGAUCACCAGCACUGCCUCACCGUCCUCACCUGGAAGCACAACUCUGUGACUCCUUCCUCCGUCUUCUGGAAGGAGCUGGCCUUAGCGAUGCCUCGUAGAGUCGUCUUCCGCAGCUCGUCUGCCUGCGAACCUCAAACUUUGCUACACAAUGACAAGGACCCCAUGCUGACCCUCGACUCCAACUACCGGGACUCCAAUUCAGACACUGACCCUGCCGGAGAUCUGGGUAAGAACAACAGUCACUAAGUAGUAAUGUUUGGA